CUCACGGAACAGCAAUAAUGUGCGACUUCACGGAAGAUCAGACCGCUGAGUUCAAGGAAGCUUUCCAACUCUUUGACAGAACUGGAGAUGGCAAGAUCCUGUACAGCCAGUGUGGGGAUGUGAUGCGGGCCCUGGGCCAGAAUCCCACCAAUGCAGAGGUCAUGAAAGUUCUGGGGAACCCUAAGAGUGAUGAAAUGAAUGUGAAAACUCUAAGCUUCGAGCAGUUCCUGCCCAUGAUGCAAACCAUUGCAAAGAACAAGGAUCAGGGCUGCUUUGAGGAUUAUGUAGAGGGGCUGAGGGUCUUCGACAAAGAGGGAAAUGGCACUGUCAUGGGAGCGGAGAUACGCCACGUUCUUGUCACUCUAGGGGAGAAAAUGACUGAAGAAGAAGUGGAGAUGCUGGUAGCCGGCCACGAAGACAGCAAUGGGUGCAUUAACUAUGAAGCAUUUGUGAGACACAUCUUGUCAGGGUGAAUUCGAAUGGGAGUUGGUGCGGAUGGUUCUGAGCGGCUGAACACCUCUGCUGGCCUCUCCUGUGAAAGUUCUCCUUCAAUU